AUGGUUGGUAUUACUGCCUCACGAGUUAAAGAUAUACCCAUGAACUACAUCUUGCUGGUCGCAGUGCUAUACUGUAUAAACGGAGGGGAAGCAAAUAUUCCACCCAUCAUCUCUGUACAGAGCACCGUACAGGUGUCGGAAGACACGCCCCCUGGUUCCUUCCUCUUCAACAUCAGCGCCACGGACUAUGACACGCUGCCUGUGCUGGACAUUAGAUCGGCUGAAGUCAGUCGUAUCGUCAGACUGGAGGACAUUACAGUCGACGGCAACACUAGACACGCCUCGGUGGUACUAAACAAUCGACUCGACAGAGAAACGGAUGGUUCCACAAAGGCUGUGGUAUUCUUUGCCUCGGACGGCAUAUAUGAGGUGUCCGCGAGGGUCACCCUCAUCAUCCUGGACGUGAACGACGAGAAACCGGUGUUCACCCAGCCCGGCUACAGGGUCACCGUGAAGGAGUCUGCAGCAAUAGGUACAACAACUACAACAGUUACAGCACUGGACCCUGAUUCGGGAAUUGGAGGUCAGGUGUACUAUGGUUUGAAGGCCAAGGGCCAGAACGCCGAUGACUAUAAAUACACGUUCUAUGUGGAUCCAAGGCAUGGCCAUAUUAUCCAGAAUGAAAGUCUGGACUACAAGAAAAGGACUUUCUAUCAAUACGACGUCCAGGCAUGGGACGCCGACCCAGAUGAGUCUCAUGGCGUGAACCAUGCUGAUCAAGUGGACUUUUUCGUCACCGUGCAAGAUGUCCAGGACACUCCUCCCGUCUUUACGAACCUGCCGUACAUACGACAAGUUUAUGAGAACGCCACACUUGGCACUUCUGUUCUGCUUGUACAAGCCUUUGACGGGGACAUAGGCGUCCCGAAUGAUCUCAAUUACUGGAUUGUACAUGACAACGCCGCCUACACCGAUAACUUCACCAUGAACAAUGACAGCGGCCUCAUCAAAACGGCACUACCACUUGACACUGACUCUGACGAUAUGAAACAGAAGGGUGGAGUCUUAUCAUUCCAAGUUAAUGCGUCAGAGAUCGUCACUGACAACCAGACCCAAGGAGGAGACACCAGUACCGUCACUCACGUCACUGUCACCAUCCUUGACGUCAACGACAACUCCCCAGAGUUCUCCUCCAGCAUCAUUAACGCUACUGUUCUAGAAAACACCCCUGUUGGAGUCCCCCUCAGCAUAGAAGGCGUCAUAGAGGUGAAGGACAUUGACAUGACCGUGGACAACAAUAUGUUCGAGCUGUCUGUAGAGCAGAAUGGAUCACCAUAUAUGGACUUCGACACAAUCCCGGGGAGUGGUGAACAGGUAUCCAGAACAAACGUCAUGCUACGUGUGAACAACACACAGGUCCUGGACUAUGAACAACAUGACAGUAUCAGCUUCCAGAUUGUGGCGAGAGAAAGCCGGACCCAGGAGAAGCGGUCGAGCACCGUGGACGUCCUCGUGCACAUCAUCGACACGAACGACAACUCCCCGGUGUUCAACGACAACUACAACUUCAACAUCUCUGAGGGCGCCUCUCUGGGGGAGAUAGUUGGGAAUGUGGCUGCAACCGACUCCGACAGUGGUGACUUUGGCAAAGUCUUCUAUCUGAUGGAAGAUGCGAACGCCGAUUUCAACGUUUCCAAAGCGGGUGGCGUUAUAACCGUUGCAACUCAACUAAGUCGGGAAAAAAGGUCGUCGUACUCGUUGUUGGUGAUGGCGUACGACAACGAAGCUGACGUUAACGGACGACGUUCCGGACAGACACGGGUAGAAAUACGCCUGAACGACGUUAACGCCCCCUUUAAGAAACUGAUGGUCACCUGCGACUCCAGGGAUUUCAAAGUGACUGUACCCCGUGACAUGAUUCAACAAGUGUUUCCGGGGUCAUCUGAAUAUGACCUGACCCUGGAUGACCCUAGCUGCAGGGGUCAAGUCUACUAUGACGUCGUGAUGUUUCGUUCAAACAUCCUCGGAUGUGGCAUGACAAGGGAGGAAACUGGAUCUGACAUAGUGUACAAGAACAAGAUCUUGACACAGAGUAGAGGAUACUACGGCAGCACCACUACGGGACCAAUCAUCACGAGGUUCAACUCGAAGGAUAUAUCCUUAGAAUGUCACCUUAACAGGGAUGUGUCAAUAGUCGGACACUUCAGGCCUCAACAUGAACAUGAGCUGGUUGCACGAGGCUCAGGAAACUUUUCGAUGCAUAUGGACUUCUACAGGGAUCCAAGCUUGAGUUACAGAAUCACGUCCUAUCCCAUAUAUAUUGGCCUGAAUCAGGAUGUAUACGUGGACGUCGGGCUGGAGUCCGAUGACUCUGACCUCAAGAUAUCGCUUCAGAACUGCGUGGCUAAACCAUCUGUAAAUCCUUACGAUUAUUAUAACCAGUACUACCUUAUCAGAGAUGGAUGUCCUGCUGACCAGACCGUUGCUUUCGAGUACACCUCCUCCCAGAAACAUGUUCACUUCCGGUUCCGGACAUUUGAAUUUGUCCGCAACAAUCGGGAUGUAUACAUCUUCUGCUACGUCCGAGUAUGCAACGGCACAGACUACGAUCAGAGAUGUCGUCGGGACUGCUCCUCCCUAAAUCGCCAAGGUCGGGAUGUGUCAGAUGACAGAAAAGAUCAUGACCUCCACAUCUUCCAGGGACCACUUACCUUUAGAGAGAAACGGAAUGCAGAUUUCCAGGUUGCAGGACGAACUGACAGAAAGGACUCCAGCUCUGUGGGAACUGUCCCAGCAAUUGUCAUGGUCAUUGCUGCAGUUGCCAUGGUGAUGGCUGCUGUUGUCAUGGUGAUCCGGUGGAAACGCCGCAACCGAUCCCACACAACAGGUGUCGAAACCUAACUGUAAAUUGUUUCAACAGCCUUUGCAACUGUGCCCAAAUUAACUGCUUAAACUAAACAUUUACCUGCUUUUUAGAGAAUUCUCAUAAAUAUAAUGAUGCAUUUUUACAUAUCUUUCCCCGAAUCACUACGCCUGUUCACCUAGACAUAUACAGAGCAUUUGAAUACACAGUGGGAUGCAACUCCGAAACUCACCAAUGUCGCAUUGAACGUUAAGGAAGUCAAUGAUCGCAAUUUCUAUCAUCCAUGUUGUUUUGGCGGUGGCGAGACUUUGUCGGGUUUACUUACUGAUACUAGACUUUUGAAGGGUUACAUCGAAUUUAACAAUUUAUGACACAUCAUUCAAAGUAAAAUAUUAAGCAUGAUUAGUAGUCUUAUAAUCUUACCAUCUGCGGUAUUCGUAUUUGUGAAUAAUAAAAAACGAUUGUCAAUACGAUUGAAAUGCUAAUCACUUUCGAGGUCCAUCAUUGUAAACUCGUAAAAUAAGCCGCCUAUUUCAUUGAUACAAACUGUCAGACAAGUAUGGACGAGCCGAUCUGCUUAAGCGUAUGUAGAGAGACUGAGUCCCUGUCAGGUGUAUUCAACAAGAUCAUGCCGUCUAAUCAGAAAGGAUGCCUUGGUGUCAUCAUCACCUGGUGUCAUCACUGAUUAUCAGUGGUCCAUUCAUAUAAUUUCAGUAGCUUUUUGCCCUUUACGCCAAGUGUAAUUUGUGUGGCAGAGAAUGUAGGAUGGUUAUUUGCUUGCAUUGACAAUUUAUAUUUUUAGUUGUUUUAAAGCUUUGCUAUAACUGCAAUAAACAUCAUAUGUAAUGUC